UCUAGUCAUUGGGAAUCCGCUACCUGACACGGUCUACCGCUCCCUAAGACACCAAGAUAUAUCAUCCAGAAUAUGCGAAGAAACAGAGGCGACAGGUUUGUCUUUCGUACAAUUGCGCUAUGACAUAGCUAAAUCAGUUAUGGACAGACUGUCUUGAAUCACUCUACUUUCCUGAACUCCAUGCUCGACGAAACCGGGUCGAGAAGUCAGAAGACGGCACGAACCAGUGGAUAUGGACUCAUCCAGUAUAUUCUAGGUGGUGCGCACAAAUGUCUAGCAUGCUGUGGAUCUAUGGCAAGCCUGGAAGCGGGAAAUCCACACUUGCGGCAGCCCUACAAAAAACACUUCCCAAACGACAAGACAGCCAAGCUUUUAUAGCGCGCGGGGGGGGUCGACCGAGACUAGUCACACUCUAAUGCUACAAUCGAUUCUUUACCAGUUGCUCAUGCAAGAUCAUUCUUUAUACACGUCUUUUCUACAAAGCUUCCGAAAACUUCGAGGGUUGAGCCCAGACUCGAUUAUUUGGCCGUACCAGGAACUUCAACAGAUUCUUCUCUCUCUCGCAGAAACCCCAAAAGGUACACUGGAAAUUCCAACCCCGAAGCGCCCCAUAUUUCUCCUACUUGAUGGCCUUGACGAAUCAGAAAAGCAAUUGACCAAUGGUUUGGAAAGACGCGAUGUGUUUGCACUAUUCUCCCGCCUAUGCGCUAUGGACGGCGACGUUGUGUUUAAAGUAAUAGUACUCAGCAGAGCAGAGCUGGAUAUUAGGGGUACGCUUAAAACCCCUUACUCGAUUGACAUGAAAGAGGUGAAUGGGCCCGACAUUCGGACGAUUGUGCGCUCUGGAAUCUGCAAGCUUUGGAAGUGCAUAGUAAACGCUGAGGAUGACCUUCAUGAAAGGAGUACUUCAGCUCUGGUUCAUAACCGCUUCGACGAACCUGAAGAGCAGGUCAAUCAAAAUCCCAAGGAAGUAGUUCGGGCUUCAGUAGGCGAGCAUGAAAUGACUUCAUCGAAGGACAGAAUCGACAUGGUCUCGGAUGUACCAGAGCUGCAUUUUGUCCGCGACUACCUAGUGGAGAAUGCCGAUGGCGUUAUUCUGUGGGUCGUCAUGAUCAUUCGAGGCCUCAUCAAAGUCGCACAAUCUGGAUCAUGCACAGUCCGAGAGCUCCGCGCACAGCUAUCUAGCAUACCCACAAACGUCAGCGAUGUUUAUGGUGACAUCCUUGGCAAGAUCAGAGAAGGCGAUUACAGAGAUGAGCAGCAAGCUCGGUACAUAUUCUCUUGGGUGCUAUUUGCAAGUCGGCCUUUGAGGGUCAGCGAGGUUCGAGACGUGAUUGCCAUGUUUCACUGGGACGAUUCCUUUGCAAACGACUCUGGCAAUUUCCUCCGAGAAAAUCGUGUCGGGUACCUAACUCAUUCCUGGGGUCCUGUUCAGACACACCUAUGGAAUAUCUGCGAUGGCCUGAUAGAAGUAGUUCCUGCUGGAAGAACUACUGUUACCAUGCUCUGGCAGCACAGAACUGUUGAAGCGGAAGACUUGGUCCAGUUGAUCCAUCAGACUGCAAAAGAUUACCUCCUUGGCCGACCAGAAGCAUCUUUUUUGAACUUGGAUGAAACUAAGGCUCUCGAGAUCAUAUCGAAAACCAGUAUCGACUAUUUAGCCUUAGCUCUACCGUCAAGAGAUCCAAGAGGUCAAAAUUCAAUGUGGAACUGGAGAAUGAGGAGCUGGAAACAAUCUCAGCAUUUGACAUUUGUCAUGCAUUUGGAAGAGCACCCUUUUCUUGGUUAUACUUUGGAGGAGGCCCGAAAAUGUAUCGAAGAACUAGCUUAUUUGCAAGAGAUACGCAACGACGAUACAACUAAUUCACAUCUUAAUAUCGACAAUGAGAUGAAUUGCAAGUCUUGCGAUUCUCGGCUGCCGAAUCUGCAUUCUAUAAGCUUAACAAGCAUUCGGCCGGAACAUACUAAGUUGAUACACUAUCUUUCCUCCGCAAUAUGCAAACAGGGAACUCUCGUCAAUGAGUGCAUAUCAGAAUGGGCUCGCAAAAACGAUAUUCUGAUUGAAAUUUACCAACUAAUCGUUUCCUCUAUGUCACUCACAAAAUUGCUACCCCCGACCAUCUUGAAAUUGGCCCUAAACUUCGGACGCUGGAAAGACCAGGAUGAUUGGAGCGAUACGGACGAAGACGAAGAAAAUUGGAGUGACACGGGCGAAGACGAAAGACAAAUGGAAGUGACGGCUCAUCGAAGUAAUCGAAGCUGUGGUACACCAUACUCCGAAUCCCACGAAACGUCGAGCCUACGAACCUUGAACGAUCUAACUAACGGCGAAAAAAGCACUCGAACAGCUGUCCGUGAAAUGGUAGUCCGACUUCCCUCACAACCUUCCGUAUCGUUGGAAGAGGUUGACGAUCAAAGCAACCUUACCCUACCCCAUAUCCUGGUUACAUUUGCGCAUAGUUUCCAGCAGGCCAAUAGCCUUGGCUAUUUGGGUGCCAAAAGAAUCUUGUUGGUCUUUGGUGCUGGGCCAUCACAUUUGCAGACCCCCGACACGCGACAGACUCGCGACAACAUUUGCAGACCCGCGACAGCCGACAACAUUUGCAGGCCCGCGACAACCGACAACCAACCGAUCGUCCUGUUUCCAAUGAAUGGGUGAUUAUGUCAGCUUUCACUACAGAUUGCGUUGAUCUUCGGAAGUUCCAGAUGCCGCCAGCGAGAGCUCCUGCUUAUUCCCUGGAGCUGGAGCGCCCGUGGUAU